AUGCUCACCCCCGGCCUCACCAACGCCCCGAUCACCAAACUCCUCCUCAUCUACACGGUCGCUGCCUCCGUCGCCCUUUCGAUCCUCGACCUCAAGCAUCUCUCGGCCAUACACGUCUCCCCACAUCUCCACCCCUAUGGACAAUACUGGCGCAUCCUGCUCUGGCAGGUUGCCGGAUUUGCCAAUUCCACGGAAGCUCUCUUCGCCGCUAUGAUUGUAUACCAUUGUCGCGUUGUGGAGCGGGCGUGGGGGAAGAGGAAAAUGGCGACCUUCCUCCUCUCCACACUCCCGUAUACCACCCUUCUACCGCCUAUUCUACUUGCUCUUCUUGUGCGUCCGUUAUCGCUCAACACAGUCGGAUACCUUCCAUCCGGACCGACCGCGUCGCUCUUCGCCGUGUUGGCGCAAUACCAUGCCUCGAUUCCGCAUACAGUGCGAUACUGCAUCUCUACUUCGGCGUCGUCGAGUGAGACCUCGAAUGAGAACUCGAGCUCCUCUAUCGGGAAAUCCCUGACCCUUCUUCUCUCCGAUAAAUCGACGACGUACCUCGUUGCCGCGCAACUGGCGCUGUCGCAGUUCCCCGGAAUGAUGCUCCCUGCCGUGGUAGGAUGGGGCGUGGGCGUCGCGUGGCGCAUGGAGCUGCUCCCUGGUCUCUCGGCGGGAAGUACAUGGAGGGUACCGGCUUGGAUGGUGGGGGAGCGAGAGAACAGGAGGAUCUCGCGCAGUGGGAACAGAGCGGGCCAGUAUGAUGAUCUACGUAGGCGAUUGGAAGGUGAAGCAGUUACUGUUGCGGCUAGUGGUGUGGGUGGUUCUAGUUCUGGAUCGGGAUCGGGAUCUGGAUCGGCGCAGCGACAGCGUCUACGGAUGGGAGGGGACUGA